AUGAGUGACGGCGCCAAUCCCAAUACCACCACGCCGGGUCAGUCCCGUGCGACCAGUGAUGAUGUGUCCAUGAACGGCUUCCAGGCCGACCAUGUCGUGAAUGAGGACGGGGAAGAAGAGGAGUCUUCCUCUGACUCGGGUGUGGCAAAUGAAGAGCUCCUCUAUCACCCCACAGUCCGCGGAUCUCUACUCAACAGGAAAGGCCUACAACCAACCGGUGUAUGCUAUGAUGAUAGAAUGAAACUGCACAUGAACGUCGACUGGAGUCCUCACGACCACCAUCCCGAGGAUCCCCGUCGCAUCGAGGAGAUUUUUAAUACAUUCAAGGAGGGCGGCCUUGUCUACACCGGACCUCACAAGGAUCUGCCCAAGAUCCUUCGCGACGCACCUAACAAAUACAUGUACCGCAUCGCCGCCCGUAAUGCGACAAAGGAGGAGAUCUGCACUGCCCACCACCCUCACCACUACGACUGGGUCAAGUCGUUGGCAAGUAUGAGCUACCAAGAGCUGCGCAUACUCACAAAGAUCAAGGACCAAGGUCGCGACUCACUCUAUGUCGGCAGCAUGUCUUUUGCUGCCGCCCUUCUCUCCGCCGGGGGUGCGAUUGAGACAUGCAGACACGUUGUCGAGGGCACGCUAAAAAACGCGUUUGCUGUCAUCCGUCCACCCGGCCAUCAUGCCGAAUAUAACCAUGCGAUGGGGUUCUGUUUCUUCAACAACGUCCCCGUUGCUGUUCGAGUAUGCCAGAGGCAAUACCCCGAGAAGUGCCGGAAGGUGCUUAUUCUUGACUGGGAUGUACAUCACGGAAACGGUGUUCAAAAUAUAUUCUAUCAAGACCCGAACGUGUUAUAUAUUUCCAUUCAUGUGUACCAAAACGGCGAGUUCUACCCUGGAGAGCCCGAAAAUCCCGACAUCCCCGAUGGCGGCCUGGGGAACUGUGGCUCAGGCCUCGGACUAGGAAGGAACAUCAACAUUGGCUGGCACGACCAGGGUAUGGGAGACGGAGAAUACAUGGCGGCUUUCCAAAGGAUCGUCAUGCCCAUCGCCAAGGAGUUCGAUCCCGAUCUUGUCGUUGUAUCCGCCGGCUUCGAUGCUGCUAAGGGAGACGAGCUUGGCGGGUGCUUCGUCACUCCCCCCUGCUACGCCCACAUGACACACAUGCUCAUGUCUCUCGCCGAAGGCAAGGUCGCAGUCUGCCUCGAGGGAGGAUACAAUCUCAAGGCGAUUUCCCAAUCUGCGCUUGCUGUGGCCCGCACGCUGAUGGGGGAGCCUCCUCCGCGCAUGGAGAUCCCCAAGAUCAACAAAGAAGCCGCGCGCGUCCUAGCCAAGGUUCAAGCCUAUCAGGCUCCCUACUGGGAGUGUAUGCGACAAGGCGUUCUUAGCGCUCCGGACGUGGCAAACCUCCAUGCGACCAGGCUCCAUGACGUUAUACGGGACUCUCAACUGCAGAGGUUGCAGAGGAAGCAUAAGAUGAUGCCACUACAUAUUCACCGCGAGGCUCUUUUCAAGACAUUCGAGAACCAGGUUUUAGUUACCCCCAGCAUCCAUAAUGCGCGCCGCCUCUUGGUGAUCAUCCAUGAUCCACCCCAACUCGUUGGCCAACUGGAUGUUGACAAUUCCUUUGAUCCUCACAAUGCUUUCGUGGUUGACGAGGUUCUCCAGUUCAUCGACUGGGCUGUCCAACACAAGUUCGGCGUGAUGGACAUCAAUAUACCUGCAGGGCCUGAACCCGAAGAGAGCGAUAUCGUACCCUUCAUGCCUAGUCUAGCCGAGAAAGCUCUUGAGGCGAGGAUCCAAGAGCUUGUCUGCUACCUAUGGGAUAAUUACCUCCAAUUGUACUCCGAUGAGACCGAGAUUUUCCUCAUCGGUGUCGGCUACGCCCACAUUGGCAUCCGUUCGUUGUUGACAUGCCGAGAUUCUAUGGGCAAAAUUACCGGGAUCGUCAACUUCGUCAACGGAAACCUGCGGGCUGUCAAAUCCGACAUCUACCACGACCUGACCUCCUGGUACAAGGAUCACUCGCUCGUGUACGUGGAUAACGACCACGCCUGCUGGAUCGAUCCCGAACUCCGUCGGCGCGUAACGAAGCGCCGCUUCGGCAACGUCAUACAUAGCAGCGCGUCGGGUCUGAGCAAGAUGAUGCACUCGCACGCCGGCGAGGUACAGGGGUGGAUUCUAGAUCGGGUGAGGGAGGAAGAUGGUGAUACCACAGAAGAUGAGAAAAUGGAGUGA